GGCAUUGGUAUUCAGCCAUGGAUUCGUACAAUCGUAGUAAUCGUACUCUAUCGUUGGCCUGCUUGUCCAUGAAGCCAUGGAAAUAUUGAUGAAAACAUUGAAAACCAUAACAAUUAUCGCCUAACGGGUAUAAUACAUUUUGUUCUGCUGAACGCUGUACGGACGGGCGCCGGCGGGAUUGACGACUGUCGUCUGCCAAUUAUUGCUUUAGAUUUAAUAGCGUCGAACAGAUAAUAUUAUUUUUUAACUUCCGAAUAGAAGAAAGGAAAACGGUUGAAUAUUUCAGUAGAGAUCUUCGUUUAUGUACGUUUUAUUUCGCGUCGAACAUUGUAAAUGCAAUCAUCAAAUAUCUCGAAACAUAAUAGUUAAUGAACAUUUUCUCGUUUUAUCUGUUUUAACACUUCAGCAGAUGAUUGUCUCGCUCUGCAAAAGUGUAUAUUGCUGUUAAAACAAUAUUCAUAUUCGGGCAGUGGUAUUCAGAAUCAAGGUUCUAGAAAUGGAUGCGUGCUUAGCCGUUGAUCGUGAGGUCGACAAAGUAUUGUCAAGGUUUAAAGACAUGAGUAAAAGCUAUAAUGUUGUAUUGCAGCAAUUGAUUGAUAGCCUGGAAGUAAUACAAAAUGAUUGGAAAAAUAAUGCAAUUAAAGACGAAAAUAAAGAGUCAUCAAUUAAUGAUAUAUCAAAUUUAAUUUAUAAAUCAAAAGAAAAAACACAACAAUUAGCCAUUGAACACCGAGAACUACAUAGUACUGUAUCAAAAGUGGGAAAAGCAAUUGACAGAAAUUUUGUAUCAGAUUUUGACGCAACUUGUAAAGAGGAUAUAUUUGAUGAGCCCAAAAAUGUCACAUUACUUAACUAUAUCAUCUGUCAACAUUUUUAUAGACAAGGCAACUUGGAUAUUGCUGAUGAACUUGUAAUGGAAUCUGGAAUAGUGAUGGAACCUAGCAUAAGAGAACCAUUUGCUAAGUUGAAACACAUCAAAGAGUCAUUAAUUAACAAAAAUAUUUACCCAGCUUUAGAAUGGGCAAAAGAAAAUCGGGCAGUGUUAGAUACUCAGAUGUAUCCUCCAUACCCAUUGGUUAAAAGGAUUUCAUCGGCUUCAAAUUUGCCUAUUCGUAUUCCAUAUCAUGCAAAAAGAACCAAAUUUUCUGGUGGUAUAAUGAAACCAAGGCCAAAGACAAAGAAAAUUAAAAGAAUGGAAUUGGCAAAGAAAAUAUUACAACAAUUUUAUAAGAGUUCUGCUCUUGAGUUUAAGCUUCACCAGCUUGCGUUUUUAUCAAUUAUUCAAAAAGGUGUAGAACAUCAAACUGAAGCUGUUGCAUAUGCCCGAGCUAAUUUUAGUCAAUUUGUUGACAAAUAUGAAAAAGAAAUUCAAACUAUGAUGGGUAUGCUGUUAUUUAUUCCACAAGGAAUCAAUAAAUCACCAUACUCAGAAAUGGUUCAAGAAAAUAUGUGGGACGAAGUUAUUGAAUUAUUUACAAGGGAUGCUUGUACUUUACUUGGAUUAAGUUUUGAUAGCUUACUGAAUGUCAGUGUUAAUGCUGGUUGUGCAGCUCUCCCUGCACUUUUAAAUAUCAAACAUGUAAUGACACAGAGGAAAGUAAACGAUAUUUGGAAAGGAAAAGAUGAGUUGCCUAUUGAAAUUGAUUUAGACUCGGAGCAUAGAUAUCAUUCAAUGUUUGCAUGUCCAAUUCUCAGACAACAAAGUUCAGAUACCAAUCCUCCUAUGAGACUUAUUUGUGGCCAUAUUAUAUCCAAAGAUGCUUUACAGAAAUUAGGAACCUCAACCAAAUUAAAGUGUCCAUAUUGCCCAAUGGAACAAAGUUCAUCAGAAGCUAAACACAUAUGUUUUUAAGCAUAUUUACCACCAAUCAUUCGAUUAAAAUUAUUUACUUAUAAUUAUCGCUAUAAAUGUAUGGAUUAAAACUGAAGGAUAUACUUUUCAACUUAAUAAUUAUUUAAUUUUGAAUAUUACUGAACAGAAAAAAUAGCAUUACAUAUUAUUGAAAAGUUUAAUUAUGAUAAUUGUAUAACAUAUGCAAUUCGUUUUUAUAAAAAUAAAUAGACGACAUAACUUUCUGAUAAUAUUAUACUUAUACUAUGUGCGCUUAAAGUUAAUUAAGUUCAUUUUAUAUCUCUUUAUAUUGUAUAAUUUAAUAUAGGCGCUAACAUUUUUUAAAUUAUAAUAUCCCUAAAAAUAAUAUUUUUGUUCCUAUAAAAUAAACAUGUUGAGCGCCUUGUAGUAACUGACAUGCAUUGCCCUUUUAGCAGCGUCAAAUUGGCCCGAAAAUGUGUUGACAUCCGGCUCCCAGGCAAUGCUAAAAUAAACCAAUGAAUAACCACGAACAGAUAUGAAAGCGUUGCCUUGUAUCCAAGUAAAUUAUAAAAGCCGUAAAGAUACCUAUAUAACUUGUCGACGCAGUCAUGGGGGCAAUGUCAUAAUUGUCAACCGAGGCACUCUGCGUGUUUAAGUCAUGUUAAAAUAUUUGUUGGAAAUUUCUUUACAUAUUUAAAAUUCAACCAUCGUAUUACAAUAUAAUAAGUGAAUUAUUUUUAUUCUUUAA